GUGUGCAGCUCUUUUUUUUCUUUUUUUUUUAAGUGUGGCUCUCUCAGCUGCCGAGGCGGAUGAUGAUGAUGGCGGAGCUGGUUCAGGGACAGGCCUCGGUGGCUCAGCCCGGAACGAAAGAUGACUUCGCAGACACGAUACGCCGGGUCCGACAGGUAAAACACGCUCUGGCGAAGACGAACGUGGUGCUUCGGGACCACGAAGGACGAGUCCGCGUGAGGAACCGGGCUGGACUUUUUUUAGUCGGGGCACCCCAGACCCCCCUACUACUACUACAAACACUCCUCAUGUACCAAGCGAGCUAGCAGGCUAACGAUAAGUAGCAGAGAGGACAGAUUAGAGUUUCCACCGGCUGAAGAUGCGUUCACGUACUCCGUUUAAACCGUCACGGACACGAGGCGAGUCGUGUUUCACGUGCACCGUGAAGGCCUCUGAAAAUGUCGAAGUUUGUGCAACUUUACUAAGUUAAGCCAACACUCUGCAACCUGUUGUCAAGUCACAGAAGUUGUAGUUAGCUCAACUCGCUACCUUACUAUCACAAAUUUAGCACCUCCUAGCUCGGCUCGCGUCGUGUCUGAAAAUAACAUUCAGUUAAAAAACGAGAAAAUUAGACGAGAGAGAGGAAGUGUCAGAAAGUUAGCAUGCUAGUUUUGAAGUUAGCUUAACUGCUCGUUGCCCCCAGUUAAAGAGACAAGAGCUCAUCAAGCUACUACAUGUUAUACUGGCGUUUCAACCCCACUUUAGCCUCAUUAACUCAAUAUCUCACUCGUACAUGCGGGACUUUAAGCACAUUUUUGGACGUAAUUCGGCGUCUGAGUCGGCUAGCGGAGCUGAGGUCGGCUAGUUAGCAUGUGUGGUACUCUGUGUCCCAACAGGCAGCGUUGGAGUAAGGCCAUGCCGUGUAAUGUAGCGUCAUCUGGUCAAACAACCUCCCCCCUCCUCGCCUCCUGUUGAGCACACUUGGAUUUUUCCACUAGUGUUCAGAUAAAAAAGCUAAUAAAUGAUCACCCACUAUUGCAGCCUGAAUGAACCCCCCUCACUGGUUAAAUAGUUUUAAUUGUGACGGGGGCAGAGAUAGUCAGGCGUCCAUGAGGUAGAGCUGUUUCAGCUUUCUGUCAUCAUAUCCCAGUGAUUGUACUGUUUAAUGUGUGGUUUAUAUCCCAAGUGUAAAAAAAAUAUGUUCCUACACCUUCUAGUCGCUUAAUAUAUCAUUGAAAAAGUCAGAUCUUUUCAUAACUUUCCCAAAAUAUCUUAAAGGGAUAUUCCAGCGUAAAAUUAAUUUAGGGUCAAACACACCGUAACACCCAUAGAGUGUAUAUACUAUGGACAACUUGGUUCUACCUUCCGCUAAUAUACGGAUUUGAAGCCAAAAAGCUCUCGCUAAUUCUGCGAUUUUUCUCCACUUCCUGAAACCAACAUUGCGCAAUAGCAUUGUACGCAUUCGGCGAGAGAGUCGCUGUGAUGAUGCUCGACUCAAACAGUGUAUCCCCCUGGCUGAGCUACGCAAUCUUCGUACCCCCAAAGGCUGUAUCAGGUGUCAAUCUCAGAAAACAUGAACCCCCUUAUAACUUUUAAAAAUGGAGCUGUACAGAAAAAGAGGACCUGAGCACAAACCAGUCUUAUAAUGACUAAGUGUCAGCAUUGCAAGCAGGGGGUAGAAAAAAUUAUGUUCAGUGUAAUAAAUUUCUAAAGUUUGUCCACAGCCCCAUAAGCCUUGCUGGCAGAGGUGGGAUUUAUGACCUAUACUGCAGCCUGUCGCCAGAGCGUGCUGUUCUUCACCCAGCGAGGAGGCAGAUGCUGUCCAUUCUAUAUACAGUCUAUGGUAACUCUGAGUUAGUCACCCCCUCGAGAGAUGAAUGUUGCCGACUGACUGUUUCUCUAGUUUUACCAACUUUAGUAACGACCGCACAAUAGCAAUACACAGUGGUCUGAGGAGCCAUAAACAAACCUCAACCAAAACGCCACUCUAUAGCCACAAAUAAUGCUCAGAACAGCACCUAACUUCAUCAACAGUACAUUUAGGGUCCCAGCCACAGCACUAGCCACCAAACAUCUUUUUAACUUUGCCUUAUUUCUUUAGCAAAGAGACUAAACACAACUCACUUACUCUCUUCCAGCAGCCGCUUGUUUGUAGCGAGACCUCUGGCCACUCCAUUACAGACUACAGUGGGGUGACACAGCUCAAGGAAUUUCCCCCAUGGGGGGUCAAUAAAGGAAUAUUCUAUUCUAGGAAGAACAUUUACUAGAACUACCGCAUCUGCAGUGCAAAAUUAUUAAUAUGGUGAACAUUACUUCAAGGAAAUGAUAAAGAAAUUAUAAAUGUUCUUCCUUGAGCUGCGUCACCCCGCUGUAGGGCUUUCUUACUCAGUGUUACGACGUGUUUGACCCUAAAUUAAUUUUAUGCCGGAAUAUCCCUUUAAUAUCCCAAGUGUAAAAAAAUACUGUUCCUACGCCUUCUAAUCUCUAAAUAUAUAUCAUUGAAAGGUCAUAUAUUUUCAUCACUGUCCCAAGAUAUCUUAACUGCACAUUGACCAGUUAUAAUAUUAUGAACACUAAUGCAGUCAAUCAGAAGUCUCCCGUAUCUUCUUACAGAGAGCUUCUCAAUCAGUUUUUUUUGGGCAUGCAGGUGGUAGUUGUGGCACUGUUGUGUUGUGUGUUAUAGAAAAAGCUGCACCUCACAUUCCUAAUAUUUCAUUCACUUUAUUAGCAAAUGUUAGGAUGGCAAAUUAUUAGGAACACUUUUCAAUAUAAUCCACACUAUACACCAUUCACAUAAGCCCCAAUAGCUGAUGUAAAAAAAAAAACAAAAAACUUGAAGAACAACUCUUACCUGUCUGUUCAUGUCACUACAACUGAAAUUGUUGAGUGUGAAAAAUGGACCCAAGUUAGACCAGUUGAGCUCUCCCUGACAUAAAAAAUCAAGUUCUUCGUGUUUCAAUUACAGUAUUUAUAUCAUGAAAAUGUCAAAUCUCCGUGAACCUGUUCUUCAACUGAAGCCUCUAAAUAGGGUCAUUUAAAUUUGUGAAUACAUUCAAUCAAACUUUAAACACACUCACAUUAUAACGUGCCAUUCCCAGUGCCAAACCCCUCCUUCCUCCAUUUUGCCGUAUUAAAGGUCACACCUUGUCCACAAAGGGAACGACAACAACAAGAGGUUUCAUAAAGGCUGUAACUCUAAGCAACAAUAGUUCAAAUACCAGGGACCUGAGUGUGGAUCUUUUCACACAGUCUGUGUAUGUCCCUGUGUUAUGUUGUGUAUUUGGUUGUGAAGUGUGUUAACAUGCGAGUGCUGCUGUGUACUUGUUAGAAAAAGGGAAGUUGUGCUGUUGUUACCAGCACUAUCAUAUGACAAAAGAGGCACAAGUGUAGGAGAUAGGAAGUGGACGGCUUGUUCCAAAGCCCCUUUACACUAGUUUGAGUUUUGCAUGUGUGUGUGAGUGUGUGUGUGUUUGGGUAAAGGGGUGAGUUCUCACAGAUGCAGCUGAAUCACUCACUCGCUUUCAUGUCAAAUCUUGAAGCUUCAUAUUCACUAGUAUAGUGUGUGUGUGUUUGUGUCGGAUAUCGCAUCAGCUCCGAUUAACAGAUGCAGGUCUGGAAUUUGAUUUGCCUCCUCAUGAUGUGUGUGGCUUUUACUGUCAAAAUGUACAGCUUUAAUCCAGAUACAACCUUAGAGACGGACCCUCUAUGAUUAGAUAAAAAAGGCAAUCAAAGUCUAAAAAAAGACCUUUAUAUACUCUGUGAAAAAGUCUUACUGCAAAGCACAUUUGGACAAGAUGUUCUUGGACCCAAAAUAUAUUCUAGUGGUCAUGUGACCACGUAUCACGUGACUUCUUUGUCUCAUUUUAGACAAAUCAGGCUUUUACACUCACAUCCUAAGGCCGGAGUCAUGAAGCCUGACUGAGUAUAGCCAAUGUUGAUGUUUUACAUGUAUGUAUUUAUCCUGUGUAUACUACAUUUGAUCUGCAGAGAUUACAUUCUUGAUAUGAGCUGGUAAAAUAUGAAAUGUUUAUUUUCUAUGAAUUUAAGAGGUUGUAAAAGUUCCUAACUUAAAUACGACACAGCACCAUCCCUGUGACUUGUUCUUUUCUCUACACACUAAAACAUAACAACAGGCCCAAGUUACAGUGGACAGGAGCUGUUGAACUAUUUUUUAAAGCUCGGUGAACUGAUGACGGCUCAGCGUGGAAGAAAGUCUAAAGCAGGAAAAAGAGUAAAACAGGCUUCAUAUACCAACUGUGUUUGCUUGAGCUCCAUCAAAUCAUCAAAUACAUUUAAUCAGAGCUGUUCGGUUUAUCUUGGCUCAGACCAAAAUUUAGAAAUCCUAAUCCUAAAAAAACAAAAACAAAUUAUGCACUUUAAAGUAAUAUCACUGAACUGUACCCUCAUCUACAAGGUCCUCCACUCACUGUAGAAAAUGAGGAAAGACAUCUUUGAUUGGCUCUCACUCUAAUAGUGUGAAUAUUCAUUCUAAAUCUUAAACAUCAGACAUAUUUGGAAGUAGUUAAGAGUGGAUUUGUAAAACCCUCGUGUGGCGAGGUAACCAGGACCAAAUCUGUCUUACUGUUGACAUAGUUUAAUUAAUAGAAACUGCUUGUAGUUAAUCAAUCAUGAUUGUUUAUCUUUCCUGAACACAUGAAGGAAUUUAACUGAAGUAGAAACACCCUCCUCCUCCUCCCUGUUUUAGACACACGCAGCUGUCUGUGCAGAAACACCUCAGGUAUCUGUCUGAGUGAAACAAAAUUCUCCGAUGUUGAACAAUUUUCCCUGAAUACAGUCUUAAUCUUAAAUGUGUUUUUAGACUGUUCAUAAUAUGUGGCUGUUUCAAUGUUGUGGAAAAAAAAAAAAAAAGGCAACCUCACACCUGCUUCCUUUUCUGCCUCUUAUUUCCAUCUCACCCCCCCUCACUCUCACUCGUAGGCUCUGAAGUAGAUAAUCGUCCCUGAAGGUGUUGGAGGACUCUAAUUGCCGUCUCUAUAUUUUCAUAUUGUGAAAAAAAAUUCCAGUCAGGCACAGAUGUCAAUUUAGUGUAAUUUUCUGAAAUUCUAUACUUUAGUGUGGAAGGAGAGGUGGCAGAUUAACGGGGGAGUGGAAAAUACUGUUGGCACUCCGGAGCAGCAGAAGUGAAGAUUUACAUGUCCAUCACUGCAGAACUUCACUUUUCACUUGAGGUUGUUGUAGAUGCAGAUUACUAAGCUGUCAAGCAAAUGAAGUUGCCUACAGAGACAGUAAAACAUGAGUCUGGGGUGUCAAGUUUUAGGGGUUCAUCAUGUAGUGAUUUUCAUCCGUGGUAUUUCUAAGCACUGAUUUAAACAAAUCGUCUCUAAAUUUCACCUGCAGCUACUUUAUAUCCUCUCAAACCAACUAAAUCAGGAAUUUAAAAUCUUAAUUCCAAGUUCUGAGACUAAAUGCAGGAUUUUAUGGCGCUGUCUUUUCUUCUACAUUACCUUUGCACUUGUUGGUAAUCCACAAGUCGCCUCUACUUGACAGCCUCUACUUUCUUUUCGAAAAGGAGCGAUUUGGUGGUAGUUUUCGGCAGCGCUCACGCCUGUCAGAAGUUUGAGGCUUCCCAUCUACAGGUAUUUUGUCAAAGAUCUGCCAUGUGCCAUGAAAAUCUGUGUCAUUUGUUGGUGAGGCAUGAAAAGAAUUGGUUUGCCCGCACAUGGCACGUGCCUCAGGAAUCUCCGCAAAAUCUGAAGCAGACCGCUCCAAGCUUCUGUCAUUUUAAACUUAAGUGCAGUUUUUCCCGCUGCUGUCAAAAAGGAAACCCCUUUGCCAGAGAGAGCAACAUUCAGGUGAAACUUCAAAGAAAACUUAAAGCUUUUAGAGAGGCAAGAAAAAGAAAUGUCACUCAUCAUGAUGGGUAUGUCUAGAGAGAAUAUCAUCACACAUCCACUUUGUCACCUCUAUUUAAUCUGUCUUACUUUUUUGUGUCUCCAGAUGGCAGCCAAGAUGGGAGGAGACCAGUUGCCCAAUAUGAACAGCUCCUCGCCAGUUCUAGACCCCUCCCUCUAUGGCUUUGGAGGCCAAAAACGUUCCCUAGACAACGGAGGUAAGUUUUAAGCAUGUGCACGUACUAUCCCCACAUAUUAAAGCUUCAUGUCUUCAGAUAGAAACAGUCACACUAAUAUUGUUGGAUAUUAAUACUGUGGACCUUUUUAACUCUCUAAACAUGUUGUACACACCUGUAAGCGUUAAGGUUUUGAGACACUGAGCACUUUCAGUCCUCAACUUUUGAAUCUUUGGUUUUAGAUUCCACUUAAAAAUUUGGAAUCCGCCCAAGUAGUAUCGACCAAUCAGGUUUCAGCUGGCUUUGGCGUGUGUUGGAGAAACAGUCCAUGGCUGUGUCUGAAAUGAAUCCCUAAUCCCUAACCCCUAACCCCCAUAUGGGGUUUUACUAUAUAGCUGACUAUGUAGUGAACUCAAUCCCCGGAGGUUUCGGACACUACAUGGCAAGACACAAUGCAUGACGGAAUGCCCACCACCGGUGAGUGACCAUCAGAUGGUCACUACAUUUGGCAAUGCUCUAUGGGAAAUUUUGAGUCGCCUAUAUUGGGCACUGGAAUUGAUCACUCAGGUUUCGGACACCCCUCAAAAUGGCGCUAACCCCCAUAUAGUCGCCUAUAUAGGGGUUAGGGAUCCAUUUCGGACACAGUCCACAUGUAAAGCAGGAGCUUGGAAUAAAUAUCCGUGCCAUGACAUCCCGGUUACUGUUGGCAGAUAACUGGUGCUAAUUUGUUUAUCUCGCAUAUCUUCAUGUAAGAAAGAAAUCAUCCUUGAUGCUGUGUUGCAAAAGCCCAACAGAGGUUCGAUUUCUUUUUGUUCGAAUCCAUAGAAAAAGAUUAGUCCAAUCUUGAUACAACAAAACCAUUUUAAAAGUUGUCUUCCCUUUUUAAAGAACAAAGUUUGUACAUUUUACUUUUAACAAAUCUUUAUCAUGUUGUGAUUUUUAGCAAACUUAAAAUCCGCAAAUCCUAAGUCAGUCGUUGGUUGUCAGGUUCUGGCCGGUGUAAGCAUCUGUGUUUACCGUCGAACUGAGACCUGUGAGCACUUGAAACACUUGAAGGGGCCAUAUACCAAGAGAUGUAAUGGACCAAGAAAUGACGGCAUUUACAGCCAAGACAUAAACACAGCACGGAAAUGGAAGUCUCUCUUUGCUGGGAGUAGUUUUUGUAACCACAGUGGCUACUAUGGCUUCUCAGAAAGUCGGCAUCCACUCUGAGUCGUAUAUCACCCCUCAACGUCAGAAGACAACAGACAGUGAUGGAGGAUAAACUCGGGUUUGACAUAUGUUAAGAUCAAAGCAAUACAGCAAGCUACAUUGAGUGACAUGGGUAAUAGGUGCGGCAUACUUAGGGACAUCUUUCCGUCUUUGACUACCUGCAGUGCAUUUGUAGAAACUCUGGUUAUGACAGCGGCACAAGAGGUAGACAGCAAGGGGGAAUGGUUGAUAGCUGAUUGCAAUUUGACAGGGACUCACGAGCAACACUGCUGUAACAUCGGGUAAAUAUAAUCUGGCUGUCAUGUAAAUGGUAUAGUCACCUUGCAACAACUAUUGUGAGCAUCCAAUACCAAACAGUUUGGAGUAAGUCUCAUCAAGACUGUUACUAAUACACCUAAAAUGUCAUGAUGUACCUUUUAUAGGUCAGUGCUACACCUGGAAGGGAAGACAAACUCAGAAAAAGCCGUCGAUGCUUUUCCUUUUUCGCCUCAUGCUUCCUCGGCCAAUUUAAAACGUUCCACUUUGAUUCUUCUUCAUGUAGAAAUUGGUCUAGUUUUUUGUAGCAGAAACACUGUACUCUGAUUUUCGCAUUUUUAUGUCUGCGUAGAGUUCCAGGAUCUCAUGCUGCAGUGUAGAGACAGUGUUUCUCUCGCCGUUGCCUUCGCACACAAAGAUUUGAUCCGUUUCAUAUCCGUGAAGUGGAAAAAAACAAGUCAUUUAUCCUGUCCUCCUCUUAUCUUGUCAUAGUUGUUUGCAUGAUAGCUCAGCCCUGAAUGCAUGGAUAGAUAAAUUGUAUGCAAUUCUGGUUUAGGUUUUGACGCAUACUUAUUGUUUGCAACAGUUUGUCCUCGGUUUCUUUCAGUCAAGGUUGUCCCACAGAACAGAAACGCCAUCUGUGUAGACUACAGGGCGAAAUUAUCAAACGUACACAAACAGACUCAAAGUAUUCACGCUGUAUCUUGUAGUCUUGUCCUUGGGUGAAUCCGGUAAACCUCCUGCUUUAUAUUCAUAGCUGUUCCGUUCUCAAGCGUUAACCCCGGCGCAUUUCCAGAAGAAGUGAAAUCAGUGCAAACGACCAUAAAAUUGAUUGAAGCUGCUAGAUAUCAGCUCAGGUGUUCACGUCCAUGGCAGCACAUCCUCCGCUGACCCUGCAGGACCCUUGCUCGGUGCUACCUGUCAAAAUUCAAUUCAUGACCGGCAGCCACUGACCCGGCUGCUGCCUCUCGCCUCUGAUUGAAACACUCACUCAAACACUCACAAGGCCUGAUUACCAUGCCGCUGAAAGUCCCCCGCUGAGGGUCAGACACCAGCCACAGAGGAUUGGCAGGACCGCAUCCAUCUGCUCCCAUCCCCUCCGGCACUGACGCGCUCAUUUUCUGUUUUCUGCUUCGUCAGCUUUCACCUAUAAAGAGAUUCAGAAUCGUAUCUGUUUGUAAACAUGAUCUUAGGUUUUUGCUCGCAUGCUAAUUGCGUUCCUCUCUUUUCUCAGUAGGGAACCACCUCGGUGCAAUGGUACAUCAAAGGUGAGCAGACAUUUGUUUGAAAAUCUAUAUUUACCGUGAAUAUGGUGCCAUAAUUACACUCUAAUAAUCUAGUUAUGACAUUUGAAUAAUGAGAAAAUAAAAUGGGUCAACAGAAAACUGGUCUAUAAUCUCCGGUGACCUUUAAUUGUUAAAAAGAAAAAGAUAAUGUGAUGGUUUCGCCUUUAAAUGUGAGUUAGCGGUUCAAACCAGCCACCUUUGAGUGUUAGAGAGGAACCUGGAAAUGCCAGCCUGUGUUCUGAGACGAUAAUAAUGAAUGAAGUCAUAAAUAUUUGACCUGAUAAAGUCCUUUUUUCAUUUAACUCUCUUAAUUUUCUACACGCACACGCUGGCUUCAAAAGAGGCUCGUAGGUGAGAGUUAUUGAUCACAUUGUCGUCUCUCUCUCUCUCUCAGGGCUCUGGCGACAGAAGACUUCAAAGUGCCUGAUAAGAUGGUGGGAUUCAGUAAGUCGCUCUGCGGUUCAUUAUAGUCAGUUUAAAUGUUUCACAUGCAAUCAUCAGUAUUGAUAUUCCACUCAGUUUUUUGGGUCACUGCCUCAGGCUCCUGUCUAAAAAUCAAAGAGGCUUAAAUCUGUCGUUUUCUCCCCCCCCCUCUCCUGUGUAGUCAUUGGAAAAGGAGGAGAGCAGAUCUCAAGAAUUCAGCUGGAAUCAGGCUGUAAGAUCCAGAUCGCUUCUGGUGAGUUGGAAAAAAACCUUCAUCUACUUGUGCAUUUAGGAGAAACACUGAAUCUUAGGAAAUCUAUGUAGAUUUUUUCACAUGACUCUAUUUUAAUCAAGAUGUCUUUGUCACCAGUAGGAGUGUUUAACAGGUUGGAUGACAGCGAUUUCAACACUUUAGUAUGAUUCAGUAAACAUAUGAAAAUGUGUCAAUGUUAAAAACAAUAUCCCAUGACUCUAAAGUUUAUUAUUUUUGUGUUGCAGUUUUUGAGUAUCUGGUGUGAAUUUGCUCAGCUGACUGUGUCUAAAAGUUACUCAACUGUUUGCUACAACUUGUACUGAAUUCGUCACUUCCUGGUGUUUGACGUUUGAACUCAUUUUUAGGGCUGGAUAAUAAAUCAUUUGGCCAUGAAGCAUGCAUGUUUGAUUAUCACACACAGGACAUGCAGUUUCAUGUGACCUUAAACACAUCAUGCUAUCCCCAGUUUCACUUUUCUAAUGAUAGGGUCUGAUAUCACAUUAACUCACUCGAACCGCUGUGUAUGCCCUUUUUCACCCGUUUUAAUUUGAUGACUGUGAAGCACCUUGUGAAAACUGUUCUAGAAAGGUGCUAUACAAAUAAAGAUAGGUAGGUAGGUUGAAUUUAUUGUCCCCGUGAGGAAAUUCAUUUGCAGUAGGUUAAAAACAUGCACAGAGACAGCACACAUACACAGUUCCAUACACUGUCCCAUAUAAAACAAAGCAAAACAACUUAAUAGACAAUAUAAAAAUUGUACUGUACUGUACGUCUGUGUCAGUGUGUCACAUGACUGUCAAAUGUAAGCUGUUAUGUUUUGCAAAACAGGCACCUAAAUGAGCACUAAAUCUUGCUAUGUAAUGUAGAAGUGCUAAAAACUGCAGUUCCUCUAGUGUCCACUUGAGGCCGGCUCCAAAAGCCCUAGAAGCCACUCGCUCAUAAAGUCACAUCUUGACUUGACUGACAGGUGGGUACAGUUGCUGUUAGCAAGGAGGCUAAAAUCUGUUCUCAGCACCUCUAACACACUCACAGUGUAGUGUUGUUAAAGUUACAGGCAGAAUAAGAUGAUGAGUUUCAGUCAAUCAGAUUACCAUCAGAACUCAACAGGCAGAUUAAAUUUAACUUUGACCAUUUCAUAAAUGAUUCAUGACUUGUCAGUAAGUCCGAUGUGUUUAUCAAUGAAGUUUAUGAAGUUACAUGCCGCUCCUCCUGCACUCUGUCCUCUUGACUCUCAGAAACACUCACAGAGGGCUGAACACAGUUUGGUAAAAGUAGGAAGGGAAUUCAUUUAAAACCAGAAAAUAGACUCAAAAAUCCAAGUUAUUAACAGAGUAGUUGUAUCGUUGAAAUCUUUAAAAAAAGAUGAUAAAUUAAAAAAAGUGCCGUAUAUAAUAAUAUCCAAAUAAAUAUCACAGUGUGGUGUUGUUGUUGUUGUUGUGCUGUGUAUCUGUUUGUAUUUCUGUUUGUAUAUCUGGUUGUGUAUCUGGUUGUGUUUGUCUCUGUAUUUGAAUAAGGAUUGUAUUGUUUGUGAUAUUUUAUUUGCAUUGACGCAUUGCGAGGUCAUUUAAUGGACCCCAGGAAGAAUAGUUUUGGCAUUACCAUGGCUAAUGGGGAUCCAAAUAAAUCAAAUCAAAUAUAACAGGAAGGAAAAAAAUUGGUCUAUCUAGUAUCGUGCAGCUCUACUCAAUACAAUGGUCAUGCCUGUAAACAACACAACUCUGCUGAAACUCAUUUUCUCUGUUUAAAAUCUUUCUCAGUGAGUUAGUUUGUGUGUGUGGAAGUAUUUGAGUUCACAGUCGUAUCCUCAUUUUUGAGUUUGAUAUGUGUUUUCUUCAGCUGUUGUGCUCCUUUUGUUGCAGACAGUGGAGGCAUGUUGGACCGGCCCUGCACGCUGACCGGCAGCCCAGAGAACAUUGAGUAAGUCUCACCUCUCAACUUUGACAGAUUUACUAGAACUGCACAGACCAUUUGGAGAGUGUGCUCUAUUGUCGUGACACAGAGGGCAUGAACUCAAAUCUCUUUUCACGUCUCCUCUUAAUCAGUUACUGAAUCACCUGAAAAACCUCUUUUCACGUCUGACAAAGAAAAAUGUGACUCAAUCGUUGUGGCGCGGGCUCUGUAACUGUGGUGAUGAAUGUAUUCAUGCUCCGCCCUCCCCUUCUUCCGCAGGCAGGCCAAGAGGCUGCUGAGCGAGAUUGUGGAGCAGUGUCGGUACGGUCCAGGUUUCCACAGCGAGAUGGACGGCAACAGCUCGAUUCAACAGAUCCUCAUCCCCGCCAACAAAGUCGGCCUGGUCAUCGGCAAAGGAGGAGAGACGAUCAAACAACUCCAGGUCUGGUGGUUGAAAACACCGAACAGUUUACCUAACAACUUACUCACCAUUGUUGCAGGGAGUGUUCACAUGCAACUAAAAGCAGCUCAGAGGUUGAGUUUGUUGAGAAGAGUUCAUUUAUUCUAACAGUUAAGAAGUGGAAAUUAACCAAUUAUCUUUUAGCUGCAACCUUAGAGGCUCAAAAAUGACCAAAACCAGCCAUUUUCUUUCUCCUCCCUUAUCUAAAACUGCAGUGAUUGACUAGAAAUGGUUGUAACAUCUCAGUGGUCACAAGUGCGGACAACCCCUUCUGUUUUCUACAGGAAAGCUCGAUAUGUUGAACUGAUUCCUUCUAAAGCCGCGUUCAGACCAAACGCGACCAGGUCGCGUCGCGUUGGUUGGUCGGUCAGGUCGCGUCGCGUGGUGCUCUGGUGUGUUCACACCGGGUCCAAAGUUGCAGUCGCAGGUCGCGGCUGGUCGCCGGUGACGUCAUCCAUGUCACUAGCUCAGUUUUCAGUUCAUCAGUGCUGCCGCAUAUCUGUACAUCCGCAGUAGACGCCGCCGGCGUUUAUGGGUGCAUGAAACCAUCCGGAGGAGGACGGAGCUGGGUGAAUUUCACCGCUUGCUCCAGGAACUCCGCCUGGACGACGGCCGCUUCCAGCGGUAUUUCCGUGUGUCGACGGCGCAGUUCGAGGACCUCCUCGCCCAGGUGGGAAGCAGCAUCUCCCGCCUGGACACGAAAUACAGGCGCUCCAUCUCAGCUUCGGAGCGCCUGUCUAUCUGUCUGUCCCUCAUAUAAACGUCUCUAAGCCCCUUCCACCGCUUGCGGCACACAUCCACUGCAAAGACACACACACACAUACGUUGAAACAUGUAGCCUAGCAAGCAGGGGCAGUUAGCUGGGUGGUAGCUAACGGAUGUGAUUAACUGCUCCUCCAUUGUGAUUCUUCUUCUCCUCUUCCUUGUUUCGCCGGUUUGUUGACGUCAGCAGAGCCGUGAUUGGCUGUCGCGGCACGAAGUCGCUCCCAAAGUUCAAAUAUUUGAACUUUGGGAGCGACGCGACUUGGCGUCCUGCGACCUCAGCGACGCGACCUCGGGGACGCGCCUUGGCGACCGGUCGCCCGGUCGCGCAUGGUCGCGUCGCAGGAAGCCGGCGGUCGCCAAGUCGCGUCAGGUCGCGGCUGGCCAUAGACUUUGCAUUGGGAGCCGUCGCCAAGUCGCGUCAGGUCGCGGCUGGUCUGAACGCGGCUUAAGACUUGCCUUGUCAUAUACAGCGUUUGUUCGAGUAUUUAUAACCACACCUGGGGUAAAAAUUCCAAGACUACUCUGGAUAAUUUCUUGAAUCAUUAUCUCUAAAUGCUCAAAGCAAUUUUAUUCCACUGCGUGUGUUGAUUUUCAGUACAGAUUCCUAGUUCUGCGUCAUCGAUUCGAUCAAGCCAAACAAACAGUUGCUUCAAGCUGCUGCUUGUUUUAUUGGAUCAGGAGUGGUCUAACAUCAUCCUGCAGCAACUGACGGAGAACAUUCAAAGGCACAUGAACGCUGUGAUAAAAGAAUUAGUCUAAACUCCUCUGAGUCAAAACAUUACUAUUCUAUUGUUUAUUUAGUCAUUUAAAGCACUGUAAAAUCAACAAAGACAUAUUUAGACGUGGAUUUAGAUUAAUAAAGAUGUUUUUUGUUUUUGUUUUUUGUUUUACUUGAGAAAAUAUUAAUUGAAGAAACAUUUCAGAGAGCUGUAAAUGUUUCCACAUCCUUCAGAGUUGUCUCAGGUUGUCAGGAUCGUGUCAGGAUAGUAAACCCUGUACUUAAAGUUGUUGCAGUGUUUCCUCUCCUCACAGCAAACAGUGUUUUUGAGCCCCAGGUAUCUCUCUGAUGUGUGUUUUUGGGUCCGUCUGAUUGUACCCCUGCAGGAGAGAACAGGAGUGCAGAUGAUAAUGAUUCAGGAUGACCCCAUGCCCACUGGAGCGGACAAGCCCCUGAGAAUCACUGGGGAUCCCCACAAAGUGCAGGUCGGUCUGUGAAGAGCUCAGUGUGAGCCGCUGUCUUUCCUGUUUACACUCAAUUUUACACAUUUGAUGCCCUUCUACUUCCACUCAGAUCUUUCUUUUUAUUGAGAGGAUUCAGCAGCACUUGUUUUAUGCUCCCUGCGCAGCAUUUUGUUGCAAUGUGAUUUUUAUUUCGUAAAGAUUAAACCCUUUUUAAAUCUUGAUAACAGCAAGCCCGUGAACUCGUGGUGAAGCUCAUCCGGGAUAAAGACCAAGGAGACUUCAGGGUUGGCAGAGCUGACUUUGGAACCAAAAUGGGGGGCAGCAGUCUGGACGUGAGGGUCUUUCUCUGCUCUUCAAAUUCUUAAAAGUUUGGAUGUUGCCAUUCAUUCACAUGUAUUCGUAUCGAUGCCUUUUAUCAUCCAGGUGGUCGUGCCCAGAUUUGCUGUCGGCAUUAUCAUCGGCAGGAACGGAGAGAUGAUCAAGAAGAUUCAGAACGAUGCAGGAGUCAGGAUUCAGUUCAAACAAGGUGAGAGGAUGAAGCUGGACCUCCUGCUACCCACCAAUUAAAACAAGUAGAAACAUGGACUUAUCAAAUCUAUUUUCACAAGUGUGGCGAGAAACAGACCGCAAACUGGGGUAGUAAUGCUGCUGAUUAUGAACAAAUCGACGUGUACUAUGAAAUCAAGACUAUGAGUUGCAUCUGUAUUAAAGCUGCAGGCUGUUGUUGUUUCCCAGUUUCUGAGCUGUUGUCUGCCUCUUUCUUGUUCCAUCUGUUUUUGCCAUGUGCAGUUUGCUGUCCUGCUUUCUUACUGUAAACUAGUCCAGCUCAGCCUGCAAUGACUCUAAAAGUUGGGAAGCUCACGACCAACUUUCCUGGAUUACCUAAAGUUGCCCAAACUUGAGCCAUCUGUUAGAGGCCUAACCUCUGUUUACAGGGCAUGCACUGAAUCCACUAGGCUAGCAGCUCCCCUUUCACAUAGUUACCUCACUUAAUAUUAUAUCAGUGUUUUUUAUUCUAGUGCAUGAUCAAGACUUGGAGAGAUAGGAAAGUGGUUAAAAGUGAUGAAGCUUUAGCUGGGGUAGUGGUAUUUUCUGGGAUUAUAGAUAUGAUCAUACAGAAAAUACCUCUCAGUGUUUUUGUUUUGAGUUAGUGGUUGCACUAGUGUACAGGAUGCACUCCUCUCUUUGUGUAAAAUCAACAGUUUGAAAGUGCGUCUGUGCACCAAGUUUUAGGAUAGCUGUGCGGAAACUGUAGCAACUUCAGGGAAGAGAAAAAAACUACACAAUUAUUUUUUUCCUGUACAAUAAUCGGUGACAUUAUUAUAUCGGUGACAAAAUCACGACAUAAACCUGCAACCAGCAGAUGUCUGUUUUUUUUUUUUUUUUACUUUAUCUCAUGGACUCAUACUCGUAGUGCUAAUGUAAAUAAUUCCAUUUCAGACUGUUAAUCUGGAUUUUGUAUUCUUUGUGUUGAUAAACCAGAUGAUGGCGUGAGUCCUGACAGAGUUGCUCAGGUAAUGGGCCAGCCAGACCACUGCCACCACGCAGUCCACCUCAUCAAUGAGCUCGUUCAGACCGCUCAGGUACGUCCUCCUCUCUCUUCACAGACGACAUCAGUCCAUUUAUAGAUAUUAUCUUAUACGUUGUGUGAAGAAUUUAGAAAUUAAACCUUUUCAUGGGUUUGUAGAAGUGACAAAUAAGCUAAAGGUUUAAUACCGUUGAAUUGAGAAGCCUAAAGUGUCAACAACAGAAUUUGUGGAUACCAGAGUUGAUGACAUUUUUGUCGAUUUUUAAAUGCAUGUUUCCUCUCUUGACAUCUUCCAAAAACUGCUUGUAAAAAAUUUCUUAAUUAUUUUUCAUUCCUGGUCGUCCUCUGUAGGAGCGAGAUGGAUUUGGCGGUAUGAUGGGACGUCGGGGGCGAGGUGACUGCAGCAUGGGAGGACCCGGAGGACUGCAGGAGGUGACAUAUGCAGUACCUGCUGACAAAUGUGGACUGGUGAUUGGCAAAGGUAACAGACUGACCACCCUUCUUGACUUUUUAAAUUGACUUUGUGCCGUGUCUAAACUCCUUUUGUAGCUGUCUUGAAUUUCAAAGUUGAUCUGAAGGAGUUCUUGAGCUUUACUGAUUUUUAUUCCCUCAGAUUUUCACACAAAGAUCAUCAACAUUAUCACUUUUAUUCAGAGUAAAUCCAACUGCCACAUUAGCUUUUCCCCCUUUUUAAUAAGUGAAAGCUGUUUGAUGAGCUGCCUCUGCGUGAAACUGAUGAGAAGAGGGGGGGGGGGAGUGACCACCCUCCUAUUCUCCCUCCGGGGCUCAUGUAUACAGCACAAGUGGCAUUCAUUGGCUUCACUAAGGGCUUAAUGACGGGGAUAAUGCGUGUAAUGUGACAUUAAUUGUUAAAGGUGCAUAAUAACAGCCCUCAAUCAUGUGGAAGGCUGCCUGGCAUCUAAUGAGGGUCUUUCAGCCCAAUAGAGUGCAGCGAGGGAAUGAAUAGGAGGAAUUAGCUUAUUGGCUAUUCAUGCCCACUCUAUUGCCAGCUAUUUAAAAGUCAUUGACCAUUGCAUUGGAAGGAGCCGUGAGUGUGUGCGCACAUCAGCGUGCACGCAUGCGGCCUGGGUGUGUGUUUGUGUGCGUGCGUGCGUGCAUGUGCAGCGGUGGGCGGGGUCGGAGGGGGCCUCUUUACCUAAGAUAAAAACAUGGCAAUAGAAAUGUCAAGUGGCUUUUGUGCAUGUAGUGGGCCGAGGGAAACAAAUAAACCUGGGCGUAGCGUCCCCCUCUCCGGGCAUUAGCAUAUGAAGUGAGCCAAUAUGGUGGAGAUGGCGGUGGGUCUGGGUGCUGUCAGCCGUCCCUUAAAGGGCGCUGUGAUUAAUAUCUUUACGAUGCCAUAUGCAGCCCAUUGCCCCUCUGUUUUGACCCCCUUCACACAGACACACACACACACACACACAGACACACACGGGUUGAUGAAUCAAGCCACCCACAAACCUGCUCACUGCAAGAGCCGGUAUCUUAAAAAGUUUACUGGAGUUAAAACAUCUAAAGUCAAAGUUCUUGUAACAACUAGACUUUGAAACUGAGAAAUGAGAGUAAAGAUUUUCAGCAUUUUGUCGUACGUCUCUGUUUGGAGUCGUAUUCACCGAUCCUGCAUCAGCGUUUUUUGUUGUACGCAGGAAAAAAAACAAUCAAUGUGGAAAUCAAAAAUCAGAACCUGCAGCUUUGUGAUGCAACAGAUGAUCUCUAACCAGAUAUCUUCAUGUGAGUGCAGCCAACAGUCCGUUCUGGGUCGAAAUUUCAUAUUGAGCAACAAAUCUGAUUGCCACUGUGUCGCAAAAGCCUAUCAGGUUAUCAGCAGGCAGAUUUCUGGGCUUGGACUUGCAACCUGAUCAGAUAUGAUUGACAGAAACGACCUCUGCACAACGAACGGGCAUUUUAAUGGAGGCAUUCUUUAUCUGUGGAGGACAGACCUGACAAAGUCUGCUUUCUGUACUUUUUAAAAUCUUUACCAUGACAUUAUUUUAAAUUUAACACCCAUGAAGAGUUAGUAAGUUUUCCUUUUACGUUGUAGCAAAACUGCUCAAGCAAACCCCAAGGAUUGCAGGGUUGCAUGCACUUUGAUUAGAGUAGACAUACAGGCAAGGACAAUGCAAUCCUCAUUAUCAGUCCUCGUUGUACUUACUAUGUAAACAAAAAUAUCUGUGACCAGGACCAGCAGGGUUUGUCUCUCACAAAAGUACUUCUAAAGGAUCAUUUAUUAGGAUUAGGUGUGUAACGAUACAAUAUUGAUAUUGGUCGAAUAUCAGCUAAAAAAUGAAUAUGGGAUCAUAUCGGCCUGCAUCAAAAAUCUCAGAUAUCAGCACUCCGAUACAAACAGUCCAUUCCAGACUCAACUCCGGCAUCUCUAUCCAGCAAGGACUAACAAAGUAGCAAGGAGUAGGAGUGAUGUCGGCCCUGUGGCAGUAUUUUUCGUGUAAGUCUGAAAAAGAUGUUGCAGCUGAGUGCAAAACUAAUGCACUGUAUUGCACAGUUUUGUGCUAAUAUCAGAUUAAUAUCGAUAACUGUUAAUAUUGAAGGCUACAAAAUCGGUAUCGUGUCAGGAGUCAAAAAGUUGUAUCAAGACACCCCUAGUUGUGAUGAAUAACUUUAAGUUAUUGAUUUAUUUCUGCUCAAGAGCAAACCGAAAAAAGCUAAAGCAGUCGUCAGGAGAUUGUGUAUCAAUAAAAAGUCAUAAAGUCGCCCAGGUCACCAUCAUGAAGUCACUUUUUCUCUAAAGUUUGUCUGAAAUUAUAAAAGUUAAUAUGCACACCAUCAACAGUUAAUUCGCCCUUUUAGCUUAUUGAUUUCAUCCACCAGCCCUGGAUUGGAGUAAAUGUCCGUGUUAGACUCUGUCCGUCUGUGUUAUUUGUCCCCCCUGGAGGCCUGAGAGUUUGUCCCCACCAGCAGCUAACCAGUCCCUCAGCUCUGCCUUGAAUGCGUCACCAGUUGCACUUUUGUGUCCCUCCUUUUCUCCAGCUCACUAAACCAGUCUCAUUAAUAAGGCCCGUAUUAUCUGUCCUCACUACAGCCCAGUCCAUGAAAUGAAUGGUCAGGGUCUUCAUUGCUCUCUGCUGUCUGACUAGAAGAGCUCAUAAUGGCUUCAUUAAGGCAGAAGUUUCAUUUGGUUGACAAUGGGUUAAUGGCCCAUGUGCAGUCUGUUGGCAGCGAGGAAUAGGCCGCGGGAGGGGAGCGCUUUCUGAUGAGCGUUUUCAUUCGGGGGUCAGCCAGGGUCAUCCGAGUGUCAGCCACAAGUGAACAAAUGUGUAAUUGAUGUUGGGACAGCCCCAGUGUCCCCCCGGGAAGCACCCUCAGCCCUUUUUCGUUCAGAUGGGCAUUGUGGAGGGGAGGAGAGGGGAGAGCGGCUAUAUGCCCCCCACCCUGGUUCACUCCCUCCUCUCAUCACAGAGGACAACACCGAGUCAAGAAUGAAAAGGCUAAAAGAGACAAACGAUAUCCCAGAAGGAGGAUACGCUUCAAUUUCGGCCCCUUUCUCCUGCCAGCUAUGUUUCAUUUCUCCCCGCUGGUGUAAUUGCUCUCUCCACACGUCGGGAAGCUGGCAUCUGAUGCCGAGGAGGGGGAGGUGUGCAGAAGAUGUCUCCUUUUGUUUCCUGAUUUGCAUGGAUGUUACUGCAGAAUGGUAGAUAAGUGUUGAGACACAUGCCAGAGUCCUCCAUAAGGUAGCACCAUCACAUGACUUCAGUCAAGGGAAUCAGUGAGUCUGGUGAAGAGGUGGGCAAAAUUUCAACAUUAACAUAACAUGCAUGUGUUCAAUAGGUUGACUUUUAAAACUUUAUUGAAAAUACUGAGUAUAGACGAGGUUACCCCUUUACUAAUGUUGGGGCAAGAAGUAAUGGCUUCAAUGCAAACAUGUUGUCGUCACUGAUUGCGUUCAGUUUGUCUGUUGCACGGCUGACACAAUCAAAUAUUGUCAGAAUCAAUGUUUGAAUUGGAAGAUUUAGUUCACGUAUUGGUCUUCUUGCUUUAUUAGAGAGAGAUGAAACUUUGGGAAAUUACAUGCACCAAAUCAUGUUGAGUCCAGUAAGUAAUCCAGGACUCUACAGUGCGACUGUUUCACUCACAUUUGUGUCUAAAAAAAAGAUGUGUGCGAAUAGUUAAAUGUAUUUGGGGGCACACGUGCGCAUAAAAAAAUCAGACAAGGAAACACAUGGUUUUUCAUGUAAAUACCGCAGUGACUUAAGUUUUUGGUUUGAUAUUUGACAUUCUUCGGUGUCUUCUCACUCUCUAUAACUGGGAACAGCAACAGCAGCGCGGUUAAAUCUACUCGGCACCCUCGCUGUCAACGUCGGGUGUUGAAUAAGGGACCAUCAAUAAAUUAUGGGUUGAUGUUCUCAAAAAAUGGCUGUUUUCCUUCAAUAGCUUCCAUGUCAUGUGACCAAAAGACCCUUAAAUUGAUUUCAAAUAAAAGUACUAAGGUCAGACAAUAAGACACACAUUAUUUGAUCAAUUUUCAUUUUGCACCAAAAGUUCUUUGUGUGCUCCUUACUGUUUCAACUUAAGAGCACAUGUGCUCCUUGUGAAAAAAGUUAGCAUCAAGUCUUGAAUGUACUUGUUCAAACUCGGGUUAAAAAUACUGAUGGACAAGGUUAUCCCUUUACUAAUGUUGUGGCAGGAAGUAAUAGCUUCAGUGCAGACAUGUUGUCGUCAUUGAUUGCGUUCAGUUUGUUUGUUGCUCAUCUUACAGGCUCAAAUAUUAUCAGAAUCAAUGUAGAAGUUGUAAGAUUUACUUUAGGUUUGGUCGUCUUGCUUUAUUUGAUAGGACAACUUUAAAGAGAAAUGUAACUUAGGGCGAGUUACAUGCACCAAAUCAUGUUAAAUCCAGUAACCAAUCCUAAUACCAGUAUUAAGCAGACUGUGGUCUCUGUAUGUGAGGUGUCUGCUAUGCCAUCUGGGCCAAAUCAGGGCGUCCCAGGCUGUUGGAUUAAAGGUCAUUACACACCGGGACCGACGCGAAAUUAUGAAAUAUUUGGAGGCGAACUUUGACGCGCCUGACUAUACACAUCAAGCCCGAUGCGAUUUUGCGACUUAAACAAAAGAGAGUGGAAUGCAGCUUAAGUUAACCAUUUCCUGUCCCAUGAUGCUUUCCCAGGCGGAGAAACCAUCAAGAACAUCAAAGAGCAGUCUCGUGCCCACGUGGAGCUCCAGAGAAACCCACCGCCCAACACCGACCCCAACGUGCGCAUCUUCUCCAUCCGAGGCACCCCUCAGCAGUUGGAAAAGGCUCGCCAGCUGAUCGAUGAGAGGAUUGGGGUAGGUGGUCUGCUUUUGUCCGGCUUGAUAUUCAUGAGCGCACAUGUCAGCGCGCAGAGCCGCCGGGGUGCGGCUGGUCACUGUGGUCCUGGUGGCCGGCAGGAUGUCACCAGAGGUUAAACAUGAAGAAUCCAUCAAAUGGACUUAAUGGAGUGCACCAGCGGCCGGCCCUGACCUUUGACCUUGCCUGUUGGCUCCCUUUAAACACAAGUGUGGUCUUUGACUCCAUUCCUCUUCCCUCUCUCUCUCUGCUCUAGGGCCCAGGGAUGGGGGGCAACAGCAGCUUCAGUAUGAAUCCCUACAACCAAGGACCAACCACUCCACCUCAGCAGUGAGUCCAACCUGUAACCUCUGAUCCCAGUUCAGACCAGCACAGUGUCUCCACCAGCAGGAACAUGAUCGAUCAUUAAUAACUCGCACUUUCAAUUUCAUUUUGCAUCAGUGGGCCUCAGACGUUCAUGACCGGUGGAGGAUGGGGAACGACUUUUCAAAUAUGGCAGCCUCAGGGCCAACAGGACCACAGUGAGUAAACACAAACAUUUGUACCAUAUUUUUCGCACUAUAAGGCAAACUUGAAAUCCUUUUGUUGCUGAGUUAUUGAAUGAAAUAAAUAAAGUUUGACUUAUCUGACUGCCUUAUAGUGCAAAAAAUACAGUAGGUUUUAAACAAAACACUGAUUAAACCCUGAGUGUGUGGAAGAAACUGAACCUGCAAAAAAAAAAAGCUGAACCCCCCCCCUCUUUAUUUUCUCACUCAUUAUAUUUGUUUUAUCAGAAAACGGAUUACUCGGUUAGAAAAAGCUGAAAAAAAUCCAGUUCUUAGGGAGAUUUUCUUUUUAAAUCAUAUAAAAAAAAUCUGUGUUUGUUUCAGUUCCUCUUUUACAUAAUAACAUUGACUGCAUACUUUUAAAAUCAUCAGCGCCACAUUUCCAUUGUUGGUCAGUCUGACCCGGCCAGAUGUGAACAAUCAAAGAAUAUCAAAUCUUACCUUUUGUGCCUUUUACCGGGUUUAAUUCCUGCUCCUGAUGAAUCACUGCGAAGUGCAGAUUCUGGAUCAGGGUAAAAACAUAAGUUUUCUGAAUUUAAAGGUCCUUGCACACUGGGACCGGCGCAAAUAUCCAACACGAAAUUACGAAAUAUUUGGAGGUGAACUUUGACGCACCUGACUAUGCACAUCAAGCCCAAUGUGAUUUUGCAACUUUCCGGGGGGGAAAAGAUGCGUUCUGGGUGGAAGUGAGAAGACUGACACAACAGCAGACUGUCUGUUUUUCAGUUCUGAUUAGACACUAGUGUUGAGAUGACUGUCUGUCAUGAUAGCAUGUACUGAGUCGGGGCCAGUACCAGAUAAGCACAUUAAACUAUAAUUCAUAAAUGUAAGGUAACAACCAAGACCUAAUGGUGCUGUGACAGCAACGCUAUGAUUGAGUUUGAGACAGUGAAAAUACAUAUGGUAUGUUGUAUCUGAACGGUUUAGCUUACGAGCUAAAGUUACUUAGCACAGAUGAAAGUUAAAACAAAGACGUUUAGCAAACUGUUAAAGAACACAAACUAUUGUCAUAUGAGAAAUCCGACACUAUGACUCUCCACAAGUUGUCCUUCGGGUCGUUAUCUUUGUAAUGUUUGUGUCUUUUAUCAAAAAGCACUCUGUUCUCCAACUCGUAAACAAUCAGUCGGUCGGCCAUGUUGGAUAUACCGGUGAAUCAGACGUCCCAACAACACGCAAUCUGAUUGGUCAGAAGUGGACACACAGUAUACGAAACUUUGGAAAAAUCGACCGUGAUCCGAAAAAAUAAAUGCCGCAAUAUCACAGAACGGGAAAAAGUCGCUGAUGUGAACGCUGGUAUUGACAGAAUAUGGGUUAAAAAAAUAUAUAUACUUCCGAAAUAAUCGCACGAUAAAAAACGGUCCCGGUGUAAAAGGACCCCAAGUCCAGUAGUUUUUCUAACAGUGCAACAAAUACGUCCUCUUGCAUGUUGCAGGAUAUUUAAGGUAAGUCCAAGGCCAUAGAAAAUCCAUGAGAAUGUAGGCCUGGAUAAAAAACCAUUCACUCUUACUUACCUAAGGCACAAAAACAAGACCUUACAUUAUGAUCGAAAAACAGUCAUUUUAAUUUCUUUUCUGCUUCGUCAGAGUCCCCCUCUCUCUUUUCUUCACCUUGGUCCUCACAGAGAGAGCGUCUUAACUUGUUUCCAGACCAAAGAGUGCUGUACAACUCCUCAGGGUACAUCACAGCGCCACCCUUCGUAUAAUCGUGAAAAUACGGUUUGAUGGAGUUCUCAAUAGAGCAGCAUUUUGUCUGAAACGACGAUAUCUCAUCGGGAAAAAGAGUUUUUAAUAGGAUGAUGCCGCCCUGCUUUUCACCUUGUCUAAUACUAAAAUAUCAUGUUGUUUAGUUUUGUGUUUGUAUUUGAGUAUCGCUGCAGGUGGUCCACUUUCACAGGGUCAAGGUUUUUAACCAGACUUCAGUACUGGAAACAUUCACUUUCCUCCAGAUCAGUUUGUGAGGUCUUGGCUCAGUGCGGGGAGUGUAAUAAGUUCUCUGAAAGUAUUCCUACCCCCCAUAACUGUGUCACUGAUGCACAUCCAGAUCCAGUUUUUAUGCAGGAAUCUUCUCAGGCUGGGAAAGACGUUGCGCUUUCUUCCCUGCGGCUAACCGCCUCCUUCCUGUUCGGAGAGGUUUAAAAUUUGCCGUCCAUGGAAAUCAUUAGGAGACAGAUUUUCAGAUGAGAGCAGAGGGUGCAAAGUGGAAAAGGAAAGCCCACUCUGAGUGACUCUGGUGUUCUCUGUGUCUGGUUUCAGGUCACAAUGGUUCCCAGACAGGCCAGAUGGACUGGGAGCAGUAUUAUAAGAAGCUAGGCAAGUGUCACUCAGAGAAAGAGGAUCACUUUCAGAUUGAACCAUGAAGUCUCCCUUCUACAUGUAAGACCGUUUGAGAUGUGAUUGUGAGAAAAACUGUUCACUCCUUCUUCUGCUUGUUUACAGGCCAACAAAACCAGGCCCAGAGCACUGCUCCUGAAUACAACAAAGCUUGGGGUGAGCAGACUUUCACUGUUUUUGUUAGAAACACAACAUCACAACAAAAAUACACCUUUGAUUUAACCCGCUGUAAUUUAUCUCCAAUAGGCCAGACAGCUGGUCCUGGAUCUCAGCAGACCUCUAACCCCGACUACAGCGCCUGGGUUGAUUUUUACAGACAGCCGAUGGCGUACUUCAACCAGGGCGCACAGCAGACACAAGCCCCGGGCCUUCAGGUGAGAGAGAGAGAGAGCGCGGUGCAUAUUUAUCCUAGUCAGGCCGGAGCGGUUCUUUCACUAAUUUAAUCUCUGAUUAAAAAGAUCUAAAUAAAACCUGCUGACCUGCAAAUCUCGGUUGACCCGCGCCCUCUGGAGACUGCACAUACGUGUGUCGGUAUUUUUAGGCAGAGCUUAAAUUCGACAAGAGCAAAAGCAUCUGCAUCUACUUUAUAAAAAAUGAUUCAACAUUUUGUCUCCAUUUGAGGUUUCGCCUCUAAGUCGAACAUGAUGUUAAAAUUCCUAUUUGUUAAAAAAAAAUGUACAUAUUGGCUUCGAAGAGUGUGUUUCUAACGUGUAUUAAAACACACCUCCUGACUAAUCUUUGUCAAACCGACCUGCAUUGCCUUGUUUUGUGUAAAUAUUGUGUUAAGAUAAACUGUUUGUAUCUCACAGGAUCAUUAGAGAAGCCGCCCAGGUGACAGACUUGAAUCACUGAGGAUGAAAACAACCCUUUUUUAACGGAGGGGGAGUUCUAGAUUCGCAACGCCUUGAAGACUUUUUUUCUUAGUGAGAAACACUAGCUGUAGAAUGACUUCUAUGAAAAAGUAAUAUUUCUAAAAUCAGGAACAUUUAUUUGUUACUAAAUGCUUGUGUACACUGUUAUUUUGGAUAGACAGUAUCUGGGAUCCCUUUUUGGACUUGAGAGAGCUGUUUUUUGUUUUGUUUUUUGCUAUAUUUUCCUGUCUUUGACUCAGAUUGUACCGCCAAAAUGAACCCAAAAGUUGUAACAUUUCAAACGGCAAUAUGAUCUAUUUUUUCUAGUUUUGUUGAAAUGAAACAUGGAUUUUGCGCUUAGCAGUCUUGAAUACCGUUUUGUCACAUGUCAUGAUGUUUAAAGAGUGUGUUAAAAAAUGUUUUCCUUUUACAUAAUUCAGUGAAAUGAAACUGUGAUGUUUUGUUACAGGAAAUGUAUUUUUGUUACAAAGCUUAAAAACUUUAAGGAUUAAUGUCCGACAGUGGCAAUAGUUCUAAUUUAAUUCCUGUUGUGCAUUGUAUGCUGUUUUUUCAUUGUCAUUUUAUUGUACUCUGGUUUAAAAACAAAAAGGUGCAAUAUCUUAUUUCACUAUUGAAACAAAGAUGGGUUCUCUAAUAUUUUGACAGACUUUUAACUUGUAGUUUUAAGAUGUUUUUUUUUUUUUUCAAAUGGAAAUGUCAUGGAUAAUUUAUUACAAUUAUCUGAUAGGAUUUAGGGGGAUGUUGCAAAUAGCUUUUUUGCCUUUGCUACCUUGUAAAACUAUGUAUAUAUGCUCAUAUAUUUGACUGUUAAUUUAAAAUAUAUAUGUUUCAUAUAUAUAUAUAAAUACUUCUAUAAAAUUAUUUUUUUCCUGUUAUCAGUGUCGCAGGAAAACGGUCCCUCUUUUUCUGUUCUGUUUUCAUACUGAAAAUGUUCAAAGAUUGUGAAUGUGUGAUUUUUGAAAUUCGAUGUUGCAUCUUGUUAUGAAGAAAAAUACGAAGUGGUAGAUUUUUGUGUAUGUUCUGCACCUGAGCUAUUCAAGACUGCUAAGCCUCUGUUCUUCUACCUGUGUAAUAAAUAAUUAGUGUAGUAUUUUUAUGUUUUAAGUAUUAUGAUCAAAAAACUGUCUUAUUUGGUACCUCCCAGUUCACUCACGCCCCGCAGAGUCCACAGCGAGGACUCGGCGGGGUGUUGGGCUCAGUCCAAUGCUAAUAAGUUUUUAAUUAAUUUUUUAUUUCUUUGUGUGAUCUAAUAUAAAUGGUAUAAAUGAUGCAUCAUUAUGGAAAAAUGAUUAUGGUAUUAACGUUAUUUCUUAAUGAAAAGGGAUAUAAUUUCAAAAUGUCUAAUUAUGGUGUUUGUUUUUUUCCUUCUGUGUACAGUUAACCAUGUAUUAAAAACAUCCAGACUACCUUUAUGUCUUCUUGUUAAGCUGAUUCUCUGUUUGUGACUUAACUAGAAUUAGAAACAUGUGGUGGAUGUCUUUUCCUGCCAGACCUCUGAUGUGUAAAUGCUAACAGAUGAUUCGUAGAGUAUAACGUUAUAUACGUCUCACUAGGCUGACUGUAUGUUUUCAUGUUUUAUAAGCAGAAAAUCUCUAUUUUCUAUAGUCUGCUGCCGAUUCUUCAAUCCAAAUAAAUUGUCUGCAAGCUUCUCUUGUGGUUGGGUAAAAACAUCGGUAUAAUUUAUUCAACUUUCAACUGCAAAACUUUUCCUCUGCUGCUCUUUCAGGUCAAAUGUAUGAACCACAGUCAAACUAUUUUCAUUUAAAAUCCCUCAGGAUUAGUCUUUUAUUUAUGAUCCCUGCUCUUUUAAUGUGUUAAUGAAACACAAUCAGGUGUGAAGUUAACCAAAUCUAAAGCUUAAAGUCUGAUUUUCUUUUUUUAAAAUCCCUCAUUUUGUAUCACGAUCUUCCUGUCCUCAAUAACCUCCUGUAACAUUUCCCCUCCUUCCUCCUUUUCUUCCUUCCUUCCUUCCUUUGUUUUAUGUUAACCUUCCUCCAGGAGCAGUAGCAGCAGCAGUAGCAGCAUGUCCUCCCUCAGGCUCUUGUCCGCUGAGAUCUUCCUCUCCCCUCCUCCAGAGCCGCUCCAGCUUUGUCACCGCACAUCUUUGCUCUCAGCGGGGGGACUCCUGCCACACUGGCCCCUGCAUUGAUGCGCUGCAGCUGUUUCCAAAUCCAGCCCUUGAUUUUGAUCCUCUUCCUUUUUUUUUUUUUUUUAUAUACGGCCCGGUCCUCGAGGACAGUCCUGACCCUGGUGGUCCUUUUGUGUCCGAGUAAUGAUUUAGUUGUUCCAGGAUCAUCAUCAUCAGCACACUGAGGAUGAGAGGAACAAUCAUUCUGAUGGGAACGAUCUGCACUUAAAUGCUCAGUAUCAUGAGGUAAAGCAAUACAAAUGCACUUCAAAUACCCCGAAUAAAACGUCAUGUCUCUUAAAGUCAAUUAAUACUUUAAGGAAAUUAAAGUGAGAAAAUAUUAAUGUAAGAGUCAAAUUUAGACUGAAUAUCUGGUUAAACUUUUUGUCAGCUACAAAUAAAAAACAGUUUUUAAAAUAUGACCUGUAAAAUAUCAGGAGGUUAAAUGAGCUUCACUGAAGUACUUUUUUUUUUUUACCACAAAGGGAUUUGACCCAGACAUAUUUUAGUGUUAAAUUCAAAUGCACUUUUUCCACCACUGACAUUUUUUCACUCAAUUUAAUCCCCUUUUUGUUAUGACUACAAGGAAAAUACACAGGCCUCUUGUAUUUAAGUCCAAGCAGCAGUUUUAGCAUGUUAAAAAUACUUUUUAAAAGAAAUUAAUACAUUUUGAGGUUAAAUCAAGUACAAGCAAAAGUAUCAGAAUCAAAAUAGACCCUAAAAGAUUAUCCUGUGAGUAUUUAAAUGUAUUGACUGCUUCAGUUUGAAUUCCUGCAUUAUUUAGUUAAUACAGUUUGCUGCUUGGUGGUUAAAUUUGCAGCUCAGCUUCUUACUUUCUCACCCCCUUAAGUUGCAUCCUUUUAAGUUUGGACUCAUUGCCUUAUGUCUUAAUUUAAACCUGAUUAAAUUAACAGUUAAUACAGUUAUUGUGAUCUUCAAAGUAACCAAAACUGUUAAAUAGAUUGGAUUAGAAGUACAGAGAAAUUGGCCACUUAAAUAUAAAGUUAUUCUGCUAUAUUGUGAAUUUAACUUUAACAGUAUUUUAGUGUUUAACACCUUUGGCAGUUUUAACUCGCCCACAUUUCCCAUUUCUCCUUUGAGUCUAAGCUCCACACCAGCAUACUUCCACACUCAAACCCACUCCCAGUUUCUCCAUGAAGCAGGUGUCCUGACUCCCCCCUUGUCCUGUCCUGCAGGAAAAAAGAAAAAUCACUUUUGCAGGGUGGGUGGAGGGUGGAGGCACCUCUCUCACCUUUGCAUCAGAUCUGUCAGCUCCUCACUCUGGCGGCACCUUAAUCUGGUUUUAAUGACCCUGCGGAGGAUCCCCGGAGACCCCGUGCGCCUCCCUCUCUCCAGCUGCGUGGACGGGCUGAAGGAUGUGUGUGUAUGUGUGUGUGUCCCAACAUAAGGCCCGAAAUCUCACAGAAUCUUAUUUCAUUGUAAGUUUUGACCUCAGGAGUUUUUUGGCUUUUGGGGGACUUGCGUAAACCUCAUUUUUACGCAUAAAAUAUUUAGGAAACGUGAAUGUCUGUAGUUUCACCUUCUCUUUUAUAGUUUUUGUAAUUUUUCUCACUGACUUUAUAAAGUUCAAACGUUUUUAUCUUAACACCAUUGAGCUUUUCCCUGCCCUUCAGGCUUUUGGUUUCUCUCCUGGUGUGCGUAAACUCUUGGUCUCGCUGUUUAUCCCCAAACAAACUCCUUUCUUUGAUAGGUUUCCCAGCAGCUCUUUGAAAUAAAACAAUUACCGCAUUCUUUGUGCAAUAAUUGUCAAUCAUCCACACGAAAUUGAUAAGCUUUAAAUGGACAGAAGAAAAGCUUAAAUUGUUUUACAAUGGCACAGCUAAGCGGGAUGAUUUGCUAUUGCUGACAUGCCCGCGGCUUUACCAGCUCCACAUAAAGCCACAGGUUAAUGCAUAAAUAAGCAAAUCAAAUCCAUGCGUUACCCCAAUUCAAUUCAUUUAAUUCCUCUUUAAUAAAGAAGCGGUCCCACCCCCCUGUCCCCCUCCCCUGCCAUUUACCUCGGAUUUGUGCGAUGAAUGCCAUAAAUGUAAAUCAAUCUAGAUGAGAAAGAAUCCCAUUGAAAGAGCAGCGAAAUUUCAUCUGGGAAAAGGAGACAAAUGUAGGAGGGGCGCGCUCAUAAAAAGCAGCUGUUUCACAGUAAUCUUUUUUCGUGCCCUGUCACUCACCUUGCCUUUUCACUAUCUCUGGAAAAAAGCCUCCGCCAUUGUAUUUAGUUGCCAUAUCUUCUUUUUCCCAUUACAUAGUCCAUAUUCGUCCAGAAAGAGAGAGAGAGAGAGAAGAGUGUAAGCACAACUUGCCCAUUUUUUUUCGGACAAUCCCCUUGUAGUUGUUGCAGUGAAAAGAGGAGUGCAUGGAUGUCAAAUUGCCCUCAAAACACCAUGAAAGAUUGAUUUGCAGCACUUUUCAGGGCCCUGACAUUACUUGGAGGGGAGCUGAAUAGGAAACCUGUGAGCCGGGGAUGGAAUAAAGAUGUCCUCUCUGCUGGAAGAGAAGGAAAAACUGCCCAUUUAGCCGCAGUCCAUCAAGCCC